AUGUCCUCCCCCGUCGCCACCUGGGACACCAUCCAGGAUGUCUUCUACCGCAAGGACACCGUCUAUGACAUGUCCUGGUCCAUACCAGACCUGUCAGACUAUAUCGUGGCCACAGCGAAGAACGGAGGCCCUGUUGCCAUGAUCAGGGAUGAGCGCAAGAUCAUGCUACUCGGCAGACAUGCUGCAGGAAAGCCCAAGAUCUACGUCUAUACAUCCUCAGGUAUACUCCUCAGCACUCUUACAUGGGACUUGACCCCACCAGUGCUGCUUCACUUCACCUCACAAAACUUGAUUGUCCUUUCCGACGAAGGUCUCUACCGGGUCUACGACUUGUCGAAUCCGACAGAGUACAAGCAAUAUACGCUCGGGAGCGAAGUGUCGAGCGUGGGGAUCAUAGAAGCUCAAGCAUGGGAGGAUGGGCUGGUGGUGUUGACGGGAGAUCUGCAAUUCUUGGAAGUACGGCGAUGGGGUGGUGGCCGGGCGGUGCCCCUGUGCCCGAGUGAGCUGAAAGAGCUACCGGCAUCUUGGACUCUAUUGUCUCCCGACAAAUCACCCUCCGGACACGUACAAGUACUCUUCUCCAUCAACGACACCAUCAUCACUCUCGACGCUCUUGAGCGCAUCGACCAGCACGUCUCUCGCGGUCCCUUCUCCCAGAUCAGGAUCUCGCCCAACGGACGAUUCCUUGCUCUCCCCACAGUGUUCAACACCUUAUGGGUCGUUUCCUCUGAUCUGAGCCGGAACCUGUCCGAAGUGGACGUUUCGCAGUGGGGCGAUGGACAGCCGGAUAGGGUGGAGUGGUGCGGCGACAACGCGGUGGUGAUUGCCUGGGGCGGUAAGGUGGCAGUUGCUGGCCCCGGAGGAGAUUGCCUGAUAUACGACUACUCUCCAUCAGCCCAUUUGGUCGGCGAAAUCGACGGCCUGAGAGUGAUAUCCUCCCACGUCUGCGACUUUAUCCAAAAGGUCCCAGACUAUUCACUCGCAGUGUUCAAACCAGGCUCUACACAUCCUGCUGCCAUCCUCCUUGAUGCUCUGGAUCAUUUCGAGAGAAAGUCACCGAAGGCAGAUGAGAGUGUGCGGUAUAUCAGGGCAGAGUUGGCAGAUGCGGUGGAUACGUGCAUAGAGGCGGCCGGAAGGGAGAUUGAUUCGUAUUGGCAAAAGAGGCUGCUGAGGGCUGCUCAAUUCGGCCGGGCAUUCAUAGACCUGUACAACCCCUCCGACUUUGUAGAAAUGGCGCAAACCCUCAAAGUCCUCAAUGCGGUCAGAUACUACCAAGUAGGCAUACCCAUCACCUACGAACAGUACACUUCUGCGUCCCCGACCUUCCUCAUCUCCCACUUGGUAUCACGAAACCUCCACCUCCUCGCUCUCCGUAUCUCUCAACACCUGCAUCUACGCCCGGACGCGGUGCUGAAACACUGGGCCAUCGCCAAAAUCACCCACGCGUCUUCCCAAAGCAUCGACCCCUCUGACCGGGGCAUCGCAGACGACCACACCAUAUGCUCCGCCAUCGUCGCCAAAUUCCAGAAAGAAGGUAAACGCAGCGUGUCUUAUGCCGAGAUUGCCAAGAAGGCGUGGGAGGCUGGGAGGACGAGGUUGGCGACAAUGUUGUUGGAUCACGAGCCGAGGGCUGCGGAGCAGGUGCCGUUGUUGUUGGAGAUGAAGCAGGACAAGCUUGCUCUGGGGAAGGCUGUUGACUCAGGGGAUACUGAUCUGGUGUAUCAGGUCCUUCUCAACCUUCACUCCUCUCUCACGCCAGGCGACUUUUUCCAUCUCCUCGACGACUCUCUCUCCCCCAACCUCUCCCCCGCCGUCAACCUCCUCCAGGUCUACGCCCGCCAAGCCGACCGACAGCUGCUACGCAACUUUUAUUACCAAGAUGACAGACGAACAGAGAAUGGGUGUCUGGACAUGGAAGAAGCCGGCGAGAGUGCGAGCGUGGAAAAGCGCAAAGAGAGGCUUGGCGAAGCGGCAAGGCAUUUCGGGGAAAGCAAAGAGCGAGCAUUCGAAUCCAAGAUGGCCGAAGACGCCCAACGUCUUCUCACCCUCCAAGACUCGUACCAAAACGAGCUCUCCACACCCACACACCAAUACUACUUUGCUUCCCUCUCCGUCAACGCCUUCAUCCACGCCCUGCUCAUAGGCGGGUUCAGCAAACGCGCGGAAAAGGUGCGAUCAGACUAUAGAGUCCCAGACAAGAGGUUCUGGUGGGUCAAGCUAAAAGCGCUGGCCGAGGUGAAGGAUUGGGAUGCGCUGGAAGUGUUUGCAAAGGCAAAGAAGAGCCCGAUUGGUUAUGAGCCGUUUGUUAGGCAUCUGUUGAAGGUGGGAGAGCCGCAGAAGGCGGCGAGUUAUGUCGCGAGGUGUGAUGCGAAGGCUAGGGUGGAUUUGUAUGUGGAAUGUGGAGAAUGGGGGAGGGCGGCAGAGUUGGCGAGAGAGAAGGGAGACAAGGGGAGGUUAGAACAACUUAAGAGGCAAGCACCUACUGGUCUCGCUCAAAGAGAUGUCGAAGAGGUCAUGAGAAGACCGGGAAAGUAG